CCGCAUCACCGGAGGAUGGGGACGCGCUCGGGAGACCUGGCUCAGCCCCAGAAUGGGAGCCUGGCUCCCACCCCCACCGACCCCCCUUGUACCCCUGGGAAGGAGCCGCCUGCAGCAGGCAGGGAGCCCAAGGAGGGUGCCAGGGCCCCCCGGCCGGAGGUGGACAUGCUCUACAAGAUCGAGGAUGUGCCCCCCUGGUACCUCUGCAUCCUGCUCGGCUUCCAGCACUACCUGACCUGCUUCAGCGGCACCAUUGCAGUCCCCUUCCUGCUGGCUGAGAGCCUGUGCGUGGGCAAGGACCAGCUCACCGUCAGCUACCUCAUCGGCACCAUCUUCACCUGCGUUGGCAUCACCACCCUCAUCCAGACCACCGUGGGCAUCAGGCUGCCCCUCUUCCAGGCGAGCGCUCUGGCCUUCCUCGUCCCAGCCAAGUCCAUCCUGGCCCUGGAGAAGUGGCGCUGCCCCCCUGAAGAGCAGAUCUACGGCAACUGGGUGCUGCCGCUCAACACGUCCCACAUCUGGCAGCCCCGCAUGCGAGAGAUCCAGGGAGCCAUCGUCGUGUCCAGCCUGGUGGAGGUGGCCAUCGGGCUGCUGGGGCUGCCCGGGGCGCUGCUCAGCUACAUCGGGCCGCUGACCGUCACUCCCACCGUGUCCCUCAUCGGGCUCUCCGUGUUCCAGGCGGCCGGCGAGCGGGCCGGCUCCCACUGGGGCAUCGCCGCGCUGACCAUCUUCCUGAUCGUCCUGUUCGCGCAGUACCUGCGGCACGUCACCAUCUGCCUGCCCGGCUACCGGCGCGGCAGGGGCUUCGUGCUGCUCCGCAUCCAGAUCUUCAAGAUGUUCCCGAUCAUCAUGGCCAUCAUGGUGGUGUGGCUGCUCUGCUAUGUGCUGACGCGCACCGGCGUCUUCCCCAGCGAGCCCGAGGCGUACGGAUACAAGGCCAGGACGGAUGCAAGGGGGGAGAUCCUGUCCGUGGCACCCUGGUUUCGGGUGCCCUACCCCUGCCAGUGGGGUCUGCCCACGGUGACCUCGGCGGCGGUGCUGGGCAUGUUCAGUGCCACACUGGCGGGCAUCAUCGAGUCCAUUGGGGACUACUACUCCUGUGCCCGGCUGGCAGGAGCCCCCCCGCCCCCCGUGCACGCCAUCAACAGGGGCAUUUUCACUGAAGGCGUCUCCUGCAUCAUCGCGGGGCUGCUGGGCACCGGCAACGGCUCCACCUCCUCCAGCCCCAACAUUGGUGUCCUGGGCAUCACAAAGGUGGGGAGCAGGAGGGUGAUCCAGUACGGGGCUGGGAUCAUGCUCCUGCUGGGCACCAUCGGGAAGUUCACGGCGCUCUUCGCCUCCCUGCCCGACCCCGUCCUCGGGGGGAUGUUCUGCACCUUGUUCGGCAUGAUCACGGCCGUCGGCCUCUCCAACCUGCAGUUCGUCGACAUGAACUCCUCCCGCAACCUCUUCGUGCUGGGCUUCGCCAUGUUCUUUGGGCUGACGCUGCCAAACUACCUGGAUUCCCACCCCAAGGCCAUUAACACAGGUGUCCCCGAGCUGGACCAGAUCCUGACGGUGCUGCUGACGACGGAGAUGUUUGUCGGGGGGCUCAUCGCCUUCGUCCUGGACAACACCAUCCCGGGGACGCAGGAGGAGCGAGGGCUGGUGCAGUGGAAGGCGGGCGCGCACUCGGACAGCACCUCCCGCGCCAGCCUCCGGAGCUACGACUUCCCCUUCGGGAUGGGCGCUGUGCGGCGCAGCCGGUGGCUCCGGCGGGUUCCCAUCUGCCCCCUGUUCACCGGGUUCAAGGCCCGGGCGAGGGGCGGUGGCGUGGAGGCCACAGACGUGCAGGACGCGGCCGAUGGGGUCUCGGUGUGCACCAAGGUGUGAGCGAGGGGAGGGCUCGUGCCCCGGUGCCGCAGAAGCCGAGCCGAGCUCCAUGGGUGCUGUCGGGGCACCAAAGCCGAGGCUUCCGGUGCUCAUCUCCAACGCAGGAUUAGGGAAACUCCAAGCUGCCCUUUGGGGACAGCCCAAGCUCCCGGGUGCCGGCCUGGGGACCACGGCCCCCGGGGUCACCGCUCCACCAAGCUUUGGCUGGUGGAGCUCCUUCAGCCUGAAGCUCGUCAGACACCUCCAGAGCCAUGGACUGUCACGCUGUGGCCUUGGCUUCGGCAGGGCUACCCGGCGUGGGCUCUGUGUGGGGUGCAGCAUCCACACCAGUGUAAGAGGCCGACUUCAAGAUCAUGCAUUGAAAGUAAUAAAAUAAGAUCGAAGC